AUGGCAAGCUUCAGUCUUGGUAGACAGCCCAGUGUACCAACCCAAGCGGAUGGGACUAUGAGCAAUGAAGAAACCGACAACGAGAAUAUAGGGCUACCAGACGCAAAGAUAUCCAAGGCUCAUUCUCCGGAAUCUAGCUCCAUCCAGUACGAGCGGGAUAUAAUUCCGCGAAUCAACGAUGCCAACGAACUCUCCAUCGCAGAUUGUGUUCUAAGUCGUAUCACUUCGAGAACAACUAUUGACCCUGGACCUCCUCCAGACGGAGAUUUUCGGGCUUGGAUGUGUGACCUACCUACUGUCAAGCUGCUAACACGAAAAAAAAAAAGGGGCGUGAUCAACUCCUUUGGCGUUUUCCAGAGCUAUUAUGUGGAAGCUCUCUCCAGAUCCCCAUCAGACAUCGCAUGGAUUGGUUCCAUUGAGAUCUUCUUCUUAUUCUCUAUCGGCACCUUCACCGGUCGCCUUACUGAUGCCGGCUUCUUCCGCCCCAUCGCUAUUUUGGGUGCUGUCUUGGUUGUCACCGGAACUCUGGUCACUUCGGCGUGCACACAAUAUUGGCAUAUCUUUUUUGCCCAGGGCGUAUGUGUUGGCCUGGGCAAUGGCUGUCUCUUCUGCCCAAGUAUUGCUCUCGUGUCGACAUACUUCCAGAAGCACCGUUCUAUUGCAAUUGGCAUCACGGCCUGUGGAAGUACAACGGGAGGCGUAAUUUUCCCCAGCAUUGCUCGGGAACUACUGCCGCGUAUUGGGUUUCCUUGGACGAUACGAGUGAUCGGUCUCGUUCAGGCAGUGUCCCUCGUCGUGGCGCUAGCUUCCUUGAAGUCACGGAUUCCACCUCGUAGGACAGGCAGUCUCGUGGAGUGGGCAGCGUUCAAAGAGAUGGAAUACUCCUACUACGCUGUAGGCGCAUUUCUGUGCUUCUGGGGCGUGUUCUUCGCCUUUUUCUUUGUCGCUGCGUAUGCUCGCGACAUCCAGGGCCUUUCUUACGCCAAGUCGCUUGACCUGCUUAUGAUAAUGAGUGGUAUUGGGAUUCUUGGGCGUCUGAUACCCAACUAUUUUGCGGAUCGAACUGGUGCCCUGACAAUGUUCGUUCCCACUGCUGGGAUGGCAGCGUUGAUGAUACUCUCCUGGAUGGCCGUCGAUUCUCAGACUGGGCUCUAUGUCUGGGCUUGUUUCACUGGUACAGCCCUAGGCGGUGUCCAAGCCAUGUUCCCCUCAGCGUUGGCGUCCUUGACAUCCGAUCCUAGCAAGCAAGGCACGAGGAUCGGGAUGAUCUUCACCAUCGUCAGCUUUGCCGCCUUGACGGGAAGUCCUAUUUCGGGGGCGCUUCUGUCCGCCGCGCAGGGCAGAUAUAUUGGUGCACAAGUAUUUGCGGGCACAGCCUUGGCUCUAGGCAUGUUUUUCCUGGCCGUGGCGUGGGUGGUGCAGAGACGGAAGGAAGGAAAAUCCACCUGGUAA